CUCGAAGAAGCCCUGGCGCGCCCUCCCCCCCUCCCGGGUCUGGUAGGGCGAAGGAACGGGCGUGCGGUCGAUCGAGCGAUCGGUUGGCGGCUCUUUCUCCUGCUCUGGCAUCCAGCUCUUGGGGCGCAGGCCCGGCCGCCGCGGCGCGCGCCCGGUGGCCGUUGGCGCUCGCGCCGCGUCUUUCUUCUCGUACGCAGAACUCGGGCGGCGGCCUAUGCGUUUGCGAUUCGACGAGGAGUCGUCCGGGUGGUCGGCGGCGGCGGGCAGCUGCUCCGCCCCGCUCCGGGGGAGGCGGCGGCGGCAGCGGCCGCGGGAUUUGGAGCGGCCGGGGAGGCGGGGGUGGCCGGGGCCGGCUUGGAGGCCUGGCGCCACCCUUCGGGGCCUGCAAGGACCCAGUUGGGGGGGCAGGAGGGGGCCGGAGGAUGGUUGGUUGUGGGAUUUCUACUUUGCCUUUUCCUCCUUAUGCCGCCUUAGUGAGGGGCGGGAGCUCUGGCGGCAGCCCCGGGGUGGGGAGACGAGCUCCGGAGUCGGAAGAGCUGGGUUUUCUUCCGGGCCUAGCCACCAGUUGGCGGAGUGACCUUAGGCGAGUCACUCUGUAAUUUGUCUGCGCCUCAGUUUCCUCCUCUGCCUAUCAAUGUGUGUGGGGUUGAAAUCGCUUUGUAAACUAUAAAGCGUGGGUGUACGUAAAGGAUGGUUAUUGUUUGUAAUUUUUUUUGAGUUGUAAGAAAACUUAGCAGUUCCCCAGUUCUUGGGUUUUGAACCUGGGAACCUUGGAUUGGAGUUGGGGAUCCCCAAACUUCCUGAAAUUGUGGGAAUGUGCGGUUUGGGGGAAUGAUGGGAAUUUGUGGGAAUGUGCGUUUUAGGGGAAUGAUGAUCCAUCGCUAGCAAGUUUUCCAAGGGGGCUGUGACCCAGAAGAGUUAAGAAUCACAAUUUCUUCAUGCUACAGAGAGGAAACUGAGGCCUAGAUGUCAUUUGGGACCCUUCACAACCAUUUUGAAGCCCUGUUUGAGUCCCUGGGAUAUGUGAGCUGUUUCUAUGCAUAAUGGAUAUUCGGGGUUAACAACAGUCCCCUGCUUGGCUUCUAUUCUGAAUCCUUUUCUUUCACCAUGGGGUGCCUGAAGGGUGGCUGAUGCAUAUGGUACAAUGGCACCCAGUGUAAAGCAGCUACAAUUAGGAGUGGAUGUGUUCUGUAGCAUCCUAUUUAAAUAAGCCUAUUUUAUCCUUUGGCCCGGCAACUCUGUUUUCUGCUGCUUGUACCGGUGCCUGUACUUUUCUGACUCUCAUUGACCAUAUUCCACGACCAUGGUUGUCAUCCAUUACUUGAUCCUACUUUACAUGUCUAGUCUGUGUGGUUGGUGGUGAAUAGGCUUCUUUUUACAUGGUGCUGCCAGCCCAGCUAAUUAAUGGUGCACGUGGACUUUUAGCAAGCGGGCUCACUGGAAGAGACUGAACCUGGCAUGGAAUUCCUGAAGAUGUUUGGGGUUUUUUUCUUUCUUAAUCGAAAGUUAACAUUGUCUGAAAAGUUUUGUUAGAACUACUGCGGAACCUCAAAAUCAGUAGAUUUGGAAGUGAUUCAAAGCUUAACUUUUUCCUUGGCCCUCCUUGUGUUCUAAUUGCUUGCAAGUGUAAUACUAGGAUGUCCAAGAUGCCAGUUUUUGCUUCUUUGUUAGUUGUCAGCUGCUUUUAUCAAAUUUCAGGCCAUUAUCCAACAAACACUAUAAAAAUGUUUGAACAAUUGGAUUUCAAACAUUUUCGUUUUGUGGAGUGGUGCUCACCAAGUGGUACAGCCCUAAGCAAGUGAACACAAACACAUUUAAGUGUAUUUUGUCUGAUUAGAUGUUAGCCAGUUAUGCUAUUUCAUUCAAAUGUCUGAAAAAAUCAAUUGACUAUUCCCUUUUCCUAAAGGGCAGAGACAGAUAAUCUCACUUCCAGAGAAAUGACUUGGAGAAAAAAAAGUGUUGGUCUUUUUGCUCUUUUGUAAUUAAAUCCGGAUGUACCUCAAAAGACUUAAGACUGUGGUGAUAAGAUGCUUUCCUCAGCAGAAAGGAGGGAAAAAAAACAACUGGAACUCAAAGCUUGAAAUUCUGUGGCAAAACAUGAGAUGUCCAGGAUUGGAGGUUGAAAAGAUUUCACUACAGUGUUCUGCAAUAGUUGGAGCGGAUAACUUUCAGUGUAGCCACAGCCAUGGACUCCAGAUUUCCAGAUUUUCAAGAACUGGACCUGGAACCCGAAAGAGCUUGUCAGGAUGCGGCAGGAACACUGGAGGUAGAUUUUUUUUUAUUUUUGAAUUUUGGGACUGUUGACCUUGCUGUGAGAAAAGAGACAACGACUGAGCAAGCACUACCACCAGCACUGUUACUGGGAAUUAGAAGACCUGAGUUUCUGUCCAGACCCUCAGUGCAAACUGAGGAUGCUCCAUCCAAAGUGAAUUAUGGUACUUGCCAUUUUCCAAAAUGCCUUAUCCUUUACCAUCUCUGCACUUUUGUUCAUACUCUCAUUCUACUUUGGAACUGCUCCUCUCUGGCUUUUCAUCUGUCAAAACUGCCAUUUUCUCAGUAUCCAACUCUUAUGCCCUCUUUUCCAUGAGUCUCCUAACUAGCCAGAAUACAGCUUUAAAGUUUUAUGACAUUUCGUUGUGUAUUCUCUAUCUGUAUACAAAAUCCUGUAAGAUAGUUACUUGCCUGCAUUUACUGUCUUUGCAGAUAGCAGACUCCUUGAAAGCAGGGUGCUUGUUUAGUGCAUCUUUGCCCACAUACACCACAACAUAUCAAGAUGCAUUUAUUAGGAAGGAGGAGUUUAGAGAGCAGGCUAUCAGAAUAACCACUCAUUAAGUGUUUUCUUAAUUGCUAUGUGAUAACUAAAAUUACUCUUAAUGAGGAGAAAAGUCGCUAGAUAUGGGUCAUGUUUCUUUAUGUUUUAAUGUUUUUUAAUUCUAAAUUUUGAUCUAGGGAGCCCUCAAACAUAAGGAGAAACCAAUAUGUUGAAUGGGGUAUUACAUACAGAAGGACCAAGACCUUAUUUUCUCCUACUUAAGAUGGAAUCUUGUUAAGAUGAAAGGACAGCUUUUUAAAAGGAGAAGGUCAUAAGACAAUUUGAGGAAGGCAUUGGAAGAGGAAGAGGGGCAAUGUCUCCUUUGUUUUAUUGUUGGUAUAUAAACUUAAAAUCUCAGUUCUUUUUAUGGCACUUGUGGAGCCACUUCCUCUCCCCACCAAAAAAUGCCCAGUACCCUGAAUCCGAUCAAAUUACUCUCCUAAAGUAUAAGGCUUAGUUUCUGUUUGCUGCUUUGCUGAGACAGUUCCCACAAAUCAAGAGUGUUAAUCAGACUUUUGUGUUUUCUUUUUUGGAUUGCUGUUGUUUGUUUUCAUUUAUCAUUUGUCUUUGCCUAAGCCAGGCUCAUCAAGAAUUAACAGCCAUCAGGCUGCUGAUGUGCUGACAGCAGACCCACUUAGAGUCCUGUGUUUGUAAUUCCAUGCAUUUGUUAUCUUACCUGUUUUGUCCCUGCCCCUUCUAGUCCUGUGCCUCCUGAUUGCUGAGUGUUCACCUGGACCUUCUGACUACCUUCCCUGUGCUAUUCCAUCAGCCUACAGACCUGGUACCUGGAUUUUUGCCCGAGAUGAUUCCUACCACCUUACUACUGAAGAAGACACCCAUUCCAGUGGACCACUGUGACCCAGGAGGCAUUCAGCCAUCAUGAUGUGGCCUUUACCUCCACUCCUGUCUUGUUCUACCCAGAUUCAGCACAGCCCUUUAUAGUGAAGUCAGAGUCCUCAAGCCAAAUAGCUAAAGCUGUUUUAUCACAACAAAGGCCUAGUUUGUUCCAUGAGUGUGCAUUUCAUUUCUUCAGUUAAAGCCUUCAGAGACACACAAUAAAUUUGGACCAGGGGAUUUUUUAGUUAUUAAUGCUCUCUGAAGAAAGGCAACAUCUUUUUGAGAGCAGCAUUGGACCACACCCCACAAUCUCAAAUGAUUGAAAUUCAUGAACAUCUAGGAUCCCGUGAAGGUCACUGGACCCUGUUUUUUCUACUUCAAAUCCUGUAGUAGCCUACUGAAUGAGAAAACAUAUUCUGACCCAUUGGGAUCAAAUCAAAGGCACAGUGAACUCCUCAUAGCAUCUUCUUUGGAAUUACUCAGGAACCAGAACUUUUUACACAAAUGUAAGAAAUUCUACCAAGGAGUCCCCUUACCUAACAGCAUCUCACAAGGCUGCACCAGAUUCCAGAAAAGGCUUCUCUUGAUACAUCAAGGUAGAACCUCUAUGCAUUUUGUGACCGACUUAUUAUUAGAUCAUUGGUUUUCCAAAGGCUUUGUGGCCAUGAAGCCCUUUGAGUGAAAACUGUGCAGAAGCCCAGAGUAAAAGUGAAGCUGCUCUGGAUGAAGUAGUGAAGCAAGAGUAGGGGCCUGAAUCCUGCUACAACUAUCUUCCUUUACCACCGUGGUGACACCUAAGGGGACUUCCUUACAACACCUUGAACUCUUCCGAACACAGUUUGAAAACCACUGCCUCAGACAGCAAUAUGUUUGACCUGAAUGGCAUUCCAAUCUUUUCUGUACCUCCACUCAGCACAGUUCAUGUUCAGUAGAUGCUGAACAUUCUUAGAAAUACCGUGUGUGAACUUAGAAAAGUGCAAGAAGACAGGCAUGUCUUUGACCCCAGGAAUGAUCAUGGGCUGAAGAUGGUGUCAAGUGAACCUAGAUUAACAGCCCUCCACUCCAGAUGGAUAUCCAGUGAUUCCUAGAAUGGGAUAUAGCCAGAGAACAAUUCUAUGCACCCUACACUGACAGACUCCCUUAAGCAACACCAGAUGCUCUACUGGUACUUGAAGUACAUGACUUUGAAGUCUUGACCCUCCAUGAAUACCUGAAUUACCAGCAAGCAGGUUUUGAAGCUGGUGCCUCAUUGAGGCCAUAUUAGAGCAACUUGUACAUUUGACCUCUUGUUAUCAGCCAUGGUACUCUACUUCGUGUGCAAGAGAUAACUAUGAAAGCCGAAUUCAAAUACUGGCAACAUUUCCUAAAGGGGCUCAAUAUCUAUCAUUCAUCUUCUUUUCCAAACUACACAUCACUGUAUGACUCAACCAGUAGCAGUUAUAUUGCCCCUUGGUUUUUAUUCAGUUUAACUACUGUUUCCAAUAUAAAUGAGCUAAUAACCUUUAAAAAAAAAAAAAUGCUGAAUUCUUUUUUCUUCAUCACUGGCAUAUCUGCCUAUUCUCCAGAAUUAUUAUGACUAUUCAGCUCACUUUAACAGUUGAACUUCAAGAGACAAUCUUUGAACACACCUUCUCAUGUGAUUUAAAAUGAAACCAUUUGGAAAAGUUUCUUCUAGCCAGUAAUAGAUUUUUUUUUUAAUUGCUCUGCCUUGUGCCGAGAGAUGUUCUUUUAAGAUGAAUCUUUUGAUGUCUGAUACCACCAAAUAUAGGUGGUAGGGAGAGUUGGAGGCUGGCCCUUUGAGCAGGCCAUUAGCUUACUUGCUGGGCAUUUCCGAUAGCUUAUUGCCUACCUUUUUGCUGGAAACAAACUGAUUUGAAAAACAAAAUCUAUGAAGACUGCAGCUAAGGAUUUUAUGGGUAGACUUAAGAGCUUUUGUCCUUGUGGAUAUUUUAGUGGAACCACAUCAGUCUCAAUACUGUCAUUUUACACUGACUCAGAGCAGCUGACUUCAUUCCUUGCCAUGAUAUAUAUUUAAGGCAGGCAUUGUAACAGACAUAAAGACAACUUACCUGUUUCAGCAGGAAGGAUUCAGUUUAUGAACUCUCAGACCAGAUCAUGUUGAACAAGGAGACUUUGAUGUGUUGUCAUGAGGAAACUCAUUCUUUACUUCCCAGUCAAUUUAAAGGCCAGCUAUCCUGAGCUACUCGAAUGAAUGCACUGGUUAAACGUUGGAAAUAGUUUGUUUAUAUCCUUGUCUCUCUCUAGGCCAAUUGUGAUUACAUGACUCGACUCUACAUCUCGUCAAACAAGGCCUAGGUCUGGUUGCUGUAGACUGCUCGCCCUCAACAAAUAAAAUCUGGUUGACUAGCCUCCUUGUAUAUACAACUAUUAUUUGUUAAGAAGAAAUUAUCAUCAAUUUUCUACUACCUUCAAAUUGUCAGCUCUUUUUUUCCUCUCUGGUUUUUCCUAUACUUUACAGAAAAAACAUUGAUCUAUACUGCCAUUCCCUCUAAUCCUGCCAUACUCAGUCAAAAGGAAUGACUUAAGAUGAAGAUGAUCAUCUGCUCGAGUCUAAAAUAUACAUUGUAUAUAAGAAUUGGUGAUUAGAAAAGCAAAAAACCUAAAACUUAAAUCUAGGAGUCUGUAUACUGUCUCCAUGUCUCCAUGCCUCAGAUCUCAUCUAAAUAUUUGAACAGCACCAUUCAACCAGUCUGAGGCCUUGACUUGCUUGUAAGAUGAUUCUCAGAGAUCGGCUGAGUUAAAAAAGAUGACGACUUGAUUACCAAAGAAAGUAGGGCCAACUUUGACAAAUCUGGCUCUGCUGACCCUGUCACUCCCAGAUGUAGCAUAGACUCCUAAACAGAACCUCAAGUCUGAUUGAGGGUAAGGCCUUCUCCUGAGCUGAAAGUUCUUUGGCAGAUGAGCAAGAAACUGAAAGCUGAUGUACCUGACUGGCUCUGUAAGAUCAGAAAACUGUAUCCAGAAUAAGCCCUAUGGAUUAACCCCUGAGUACCCAGAGUAAAAACUAAUUUACAGAACUUCCUUAUUGAUCUGCUGGUUCUUCCAGAUCAUAUUCUGGCUAUUGGUAUGGCUGGCCUUUCUGAAGGUACCCUGCUUGUCUAUUUUCCUGACUCAGCUCUUGCCUGCCUUUUUCACAUGUUGCUGCAAUUAGACUCACCAUGAGAAGACUACAGUCAAUUUCAGUCUAUCUUGUGCCCAAUACAACAAGGAUUUUUAAUAGAAACAACCCACACCUCACCCACUAGGACUCAAUGUUCACAACAGGAAGGACCAUUGCUGCAUACUCCUUGACCAGCAACUUUUUUAAAGAUAUUUUUAAGUGCAGAGUAGGCCUCUAUUCCUGUAUGUAAUUGUUCAUUUUCAGCACCUGGAACCUCAUCUAUCGGGUCUGGAAGGAAUACAGCAGUUCGAAAGCCACGUCCAUUUCUCUCCUUCAGUAGUGCAGAAAUGAGUCCGAUUCACCAGUACACACAGAACUGUACCAGUUCAACCUAGCAAAAGAAGAAAAGUUUCCACUGUACUUAAAAUUUACAGCUGACUCAAAUUGCCUCACAGAAUUAUUUGAUGUAGAAGGCUAGUUGUCUUACUUCAGAUCAGCAGGACAGUUGGGCUCUCAGACUCAUGACUACUGAGUUUGCUUGUAUUGAAACUGUGGUUUCAUCCAACAUAUGCUAUUGGACAUGAUUAUUAUUCCGUUCAAAUGGAUUACAGACUUCUUGAGGACAGGACAAACAUCUCUCAUGGUGUUUUUUAAGAAUACUUUUAUAACCAAGGAAGAAACCAUGCCAGCUGUUACCAUUCAACUUCUUAAGCAGAGAUUAAGCUUUUUCAUAUCUGUUCUUAUCCUGGACAUCAGUAGUUUUUAAUUGCCCAGCAUCCAUUCCAUCUUGUUGUUAACAACUCCCUGAUGUUUCUUAAAACCACCUCUUCCUAUUUUCAGUCUGUGGUUUGGACAGUCUGACCCAACCUUGAGCUUUGUGGGUGAACAUGUAAUUCAGACCUCAUCAAUCAGCAAAUCCAUCUGAACUGUGGAGGAGAAGCUCUCUUUACUGAGGGUGCUUUAGCUUUGUAGGAUAAAAACCUCAAACCAACAGGGCCUACCAUGUAGAGAAUGAAGCCAGUGCAGGGGAAAGCAGAGCCAAAAUAUGGAGAGACUUGAAUCCUGAUGACAGCGUUUGUGCCCCUGGAUCCAACCGUGCCUGAAGCUAGAAUAUCCCCUGGACUUUUCAGUUAUGUGAACCAAUAAAUACCCUUUUUUGCUUAAGUUA